CGAACUUUGAAUAUCCUCUCCAAAACUUUUCUAUCGCGCGGCAGUUGGAACUUGGAACUCGAACUUUGACGCUCCAGAGCCCUCAGGAUGAAUGACGAAGGCUGCACUUUUUCCGAGUACCUUCCUGAAGAGAUCUUGGUCAACAUUCUAGUAAGAUUACCAGUAAAAUCCCUUGUUCGGUUUACGUGUGUAUGCAAGUUCUGGAGUGAUUUGAUUCAAAGUUCGAGGUUUAUUGGAAAACAUCUUCAUAGGAAUGUAACAAACCAUGCGCAUUCUUUUGUAAUUGCUCUCUACGAAAGUACGAGCAAACCCAAGAUAAGCUACACUCUUUUAUCUAAUGAGACGAUGGAGCCGUGCUUGAAGAUUAAGCAUCCCUUGUCUGGGUACAAAAUUGACGUACAUGGUUCAGUUGAUGGCUUAGUUUGCCUGUCAUAUGAACUAGGGGAUUUGGAUACUUCUAUAUACCUAUGCAACCUGUCAAUUCGGAAACAUGUGGUCCUUCCUCCGACCAGUACUCUGAGCAGGCACUCUGAUGUAUGUUUCACUGUUUCAUUUGGGUUCCACCCAGGGCUCAACGACUACAAGGUGGUAAGGAUGGUCUCUUUUAAUGGAGGGAAGCUUUGCAGUGAACUGGAGGUUUAUAGCUUGAGCACAAAAUCUUGGAAGAGGAUUGAUAAUCCAUUGGUAAAGACCAUGGCUUGGCAGUCUGGAAAUGCAGUGUGUAAUGGAGUAGCAUACUGGAUUAUGCAAAAGCAGAAUGGUACCUUUUGUUUUGUGUCUUUUGAUACCGGGAGUGAGGUAUUUGAAGAAUUCUGGCUACCAGAUGUAGUUCUCCGUGGAAUAAAUUCCGGGCUUGAUAAUUACAAGGAAUUAAUUGCAGAGUACAAAGGAUCAGUUUGCUUGUUGCAGUCCAAUAUAACUAGGGGACCGGACCUCAUCGGCAUAUGGGCUCUCAAAGAAAAGGCUUUUAAGGCACUGGAUGUUGUUCUUAUUCCUCAACGGAAGAGUAUUUACCCACUGAGCUUUAGAAUGAAUAACAAACUCCUUGUGGGGUGGCCUUGUGCAGAUGGUAAGAACUAUAUGACUUCAGUUGAUCUUGAAGCCAGGAUGGUUACUGAAACUAGAGUUACGCUGGCAUUAGAUCGCUUAAAUGAGUUUCAUGCUUAUACUUACGUGGAGAGUCUAGUCUUACUCAAGGAUUAGCAAGGAACUUCUUAGAAUAUUAUGUUUAACUGAUUUCCACCCAAUGUUCUGUACUGUAAUGUUGGUUUUCAGUUUUUUAGUUUUUGGUUUUGCUUCUACUUAGAUGUGUUGGAGAAACUUAUGUCCGGGUUGAUCUCGUGACAAACUCAGUACUCUUUAUGAUAUGAUAAA